GGGAAACCUGUCCUGCAGGUUUGGCCAAAAUUCGGUCUUGUUGCCUUUGCAAGUCCACACACUGCUCACUCCUAUCUCCAGGGUGGGGAGCGCGCGGCUCGGCACACAGCCCCGGAGGUCGAGGCAGGGCGAGAGGCCAUGUGUCAGGAGAGGGCGGAAGUUGGGGGCAUCGCUGCACUAUAGACGUGUGGUCAAGACAGCGCAUGUCCUGCUGGGCAGUGACGGCCACGCGGAGAAGAAGCCACCCAGGGACAUGGGGCAUUGAAGGAUGGGGUGGCUUCAGCGGCACACCCGCACUCCUCUGCACCUGUCUUGGGGUCCGGAAUCUCUGGCCCACCUCCCUAGGGCUGGAGCCAGGCGGGCGGUAGAAACACAGCCAUCCCCAGACCUCGGCAGAGAGGCCAGGCGCUAGAUGCCAUGGAGAACUUCAUAGAGUCACUGAACAAGCUUAAGGAGGUCCAUGAGAAGGAGGUCCUGGGCCUGCAGAACAAGCUCCUGGAACUGAACUCGGAGCGGUGCCGGGAUGCCCAGCGGGUGGAGGAGCUCUUCGCCAAGAACCACCAGCUGAGGGAGCAGCAGAAAGGGCUGAAGGAAAACCUGCGAGUGCUGGAGAACAGACUGCGGGCCGGCCUGUGUGACCGCUGCAUGGUCACUCAGGAGGUGGCCAGGAAGAGGCAGCUGGAGUUCGAGAGCGUCCACCUGCAGAGCCUGCAGCGCAUCUGUGUCCUCACCAACGAGAUAACCAGGCUAAAGGAGGAGAACAAGAUGUUGAAGGAGGAAGUGAAGCACCUACGCAGCCUGGAGGACCGGCCCCCACCUCUAGCCAGGGAGGCUGCCUUGGACUCUCCCUCGCCUCUGCUGCUUUCCCCCGCCGGCAGCCGGAAGGCCAGCACCGAGAAGCCACAAGCAGGCCACGAAGAGGCUGAGGAAGACCUGGCAGGCACAGGUCCUGCAGGAGAAGAGAAAUCGGCGGGCUGCAGGACGUCUCCAGCGACCAAAAUCUCCCCAGGGGGCAACCUGCCAGAGUUGCGGGCCGCAGGCAUGAGCCCCCAGCGCAUCUCCAACCAGCUGCAUGCCACAGUGGCAGUAGUGCGGCCUGGGUCUCGGGCCUGCCUGACAGACCACAGCCCCACCGACGGGACAUCUCCGCCGCCCAGCCGCAGCAGCCCAUCCAGUCCAGGCUACGAGCACACCCUCCCUCUGGACAGCCUCCUGCGGGCUUCCGGGUCCUCAGUCCCAGCCUACGAGUCUUUGAAGCGCCCCCUUCAGGCUGACCGCUUCUGUCUCCUGAACCGACACCUCUCCCUGCACCUCCGCAGCCUGCACAGCAGCCUCCCGGCCCCUGCCUCAGCCCCUCCCAGCCCCCAGCCCUGGGUGCUGAAGGCAGGGGAGGCCUGGGAUGAGCCCGCAGGCCUGCUGGGCCUGCCCGGCACGCUGGUGGGCACGCAGGACCCACGGCUAGAGGGGGCACUACACCUGCUCCUGGCACAGCAGCAGCUGUGUGCACGGGUUCGGGCAGGCGGUGACACCCUGAGGGGCCUGCCCCCACGAAGGGGGACACCGCCCUCCCCACCAGUCGGCUCGGACUCCGACAGCCUGGAGCACGAGGUGCCUGGGGCAGCCCUGACCACAGCAGGCCUGCCUGGUGGGCAGAACCCAUGGCCCACAGGCAGCUCCCUGAGGAAGGAGGCCGUGGCCACUCAGGACUACGCCUCAGACAAGCCCCUGGAUCUCUCGGGCCCAGGCCGGAGCAAGGGCGCCCACGAGUCUGCCAGCCAGUCCAGGCCACUCAGCCCCAACCUUGCGCACCCUCGCAGGCCUGAGGCCCUGACUCUGCCCCGACCCCUGCCUCGCAGCCCCCAGACACUCAGCAACGGCACCCAGGGAGCCACAGAGCUGGAGCCGGAGGGGCCUCCCACACCCGCGGAGCCCUCCCAGCCUCUCCCAAGGACCCACCUCAGCCUGCUCACUGCCGCGGACACCAGAGAGAGGUCAAGGCCAGCGCCGUCCCCACAGAGCCCCCAGACUGCCACGCCCCCAGAGCCCAGCCAGGCUGGAGUGCAGAGGUCAGAGUCAGAGGAACUGGACGAGUCUGACACCUCCGACAGCGAGGUGAGCCUGAGCUUUGAGACGGGGGCCAAGCUGAGCGCACCAGGGGAGGAACACAGGUGCUUCUGCCCCUGGGAGCCCCAGCAGGGUCUACAGCAGAAGAGAAGGCAGGCCUUGGACCCCACAAGCAAAGCCUCCAAGAAGCCAUGCCGGGGGAGAAGUAAAGCCGCUGAGGGCCCCGGCAGCCCAAGGAGUGCCAAGGACUGCAGCCCCUCGCCUGGCCACAGCGGCCCUGAGGAGACCUAACCAGGCCAGUGGCUCUCCAUCCACCAGCAGACGCCACACCACAGCAGGUGGCCCUGGGUCCUGGCCCACGUCCAGAGGGGUCCUGGAAGCUCCACCAUCUCAGAAAAGCCCUGCCAGCCCUGCCCCCCACUCAGAACAGCACCUGCUUCCUGGAGGCACAUGCGGGGUAGGAGGCAGGGAGUGCUCGGGCCCCAGGCCAGCGCACCCUGCUGCUCUUCUCCAGCGGUGCCCUCCUGGACGAAAUGCACCAUCUCAGACCUAAAGCUAGGCAGGGCUGACAGCUGGUGGCAGCAGUCUCCGGCGCCCCCUUGUGGAGCCCAGGCAAACAAGCACCUUGCAGUGCUGGUGGCGGGAGGUGGGGAUGCCAGGUGCCCUGCCAAGCAAGGUGUCCUCCCAAACCUGAGAGAGCUUGGAGAAUAAACACAGAGGAAGGUGAUACGUGCCCCUGACAGUGCCAAGCCACCUCUACCACCCCAGCGAGUGACAGAAGGAUCUCAGUUGCCUCGGGACUGGAGGACAGAAACCCAGGGCUUCUGGGUUUGCAGAGUGUGAAGGGGAGCCAGUGGCAAGGCCCUGGGGGACACAACAGCACGUGCACCUGCCUGGAAGAUCGUCCUUCUCACCCACAAGCUCCUGAGCCCUGGCCGUGCCAGCCAGCCGGGCAGCCCCAAGGCAGCUCACCUGGGGUCCCGCCAAUAAUACUCAGGGGUGCCCUGCUGCCUGAGGACACAUCUCAGGACUCUGCACUCUGCCAGAGAAGCCUACGGGUCAGAGGCCCGGGCCCCACGGGACCCAAUGAGCCAGGAUGUGCAGGUGCUUGAAGCGGGGCCUAUGGGUGACUCCCCCGGGUGAAGUCUGAAAGCUGCCCCUUCCAGGGCAGAGAUGGGCACUGAGACCUCAGCUGGGCACCAGGGCUUGUGAGCAGACAGGAGAAGGGUCAGCGUAUAACAGGAGGGGAUGAGGAGGAGGAGGGGACUUCCCCAGGGAGGAUGAGGAAGAUGGCAUCAGAAAUUCAAACUUGGGUUUUAAGAUAUAACAGGAGUGUGUCAAGUAGGGAGAACGCACAUGUACUCUAAAAAGUUGGCUAAAAUCAGGACUCUGGGACAGUGGACAGACAGGAAAAUGGGGAAUCCCAGUGCUCUGGGGCUGGUGCAGGCGGAGCAGCUGUGGGCCCCACGGGAUGGUGUAGUGGUUUAGCAAGACCCUGUCUCAAAAAAUAAAAAGGGCUGGGAACAUAGCUCAGUGUGGAGGGCUCAGCCCCCAGCACCACAGGUGAAAGGAGGCCAGGUGGAGGGUGCCCAGCACACUUGGGGGAGGCCGGGCAGAGGGAAUAACUAGGACUCCCCCUGCCCUGCCCUGACAGCAUCCAGAGCCCUGCACCCCACAUUCAGGAAAAGGCCAGGGUAAGCGUCAAAGAAACUGAGGACCGCAAUGGGGCAGGGGCUGGCCAGGCUGAGGCAGGAGGGUCUGCGGGACCAGCAGGAGUCUGAAGGACUCCACGGGGUCACCAGGAGUCUGCAAUUCGUGUGCUGGUGGGAUGGCAGGACACGGGGCAUAUUGGGUGAGGCCUGGGCGUAGUGGGUUCCAGGGCCACUCUUUCUGCCUGCUGGCUCAAGAAGCCAGAGGGCACCAUCCCAAGAGGAAAGUCGGGUGUGUGCAUGUGUGUGUGUCCCAGCUGUUAAAGGUUGCUUUGAUUUUUCCAAAAUGAAAUAAAACACAGGCUGUGUGCUCCAUUCA